AUUAUUCAGAGUUUUUUUCAUUUCUUUCAAACACUUUCUUAUAUUCCCUCUCUCUCACAUUCGAUUUCGCAAUUAUUUCCAUUUUUCACACCAAAUGACGACGUCGUUCCACUAGUCUCCAUCAGCAUUCUCUCAACAUUCACCUUGAAUUGAUUCUCCUUAACCUAUUUUGACACCGGCAGAAUUUUCCGAUUAGUUCAAUUAUUGAGUUUGCGGAUGAGUUGUGUCGUCAUUGAUUGCUAAUUUCCACCAUGUGUUCUGAUAUUUCUAGCUUUUUUGACGACGAUUUGUUAUGGUGGCAAUGAGAGGUUCGCCUGUUAGUCGGCGAGCGGUUCAGCGAUUCCGAAAACUCGGAUCUGUAAAAAUUAAAAUAUUGCUCGGAUUUUGCAUCUUAUUCACCUUGAUUUUGCUCGUUUUUCGUGCUUCCACUUCAUUGCCAUGGCAACAGCAUUACAGUCUUGUGGAUCAAUCUGAUGUUCACAGGAAGGGAUAUACUCUUUUAAUCAAUACAUGGAAGAGAAACGAUCUUUUGAAGAAAUCCAUUUCUCAUUAUGCAGAAUGUCAUGGAUUGGACUCCAUACACAUUGUAUGGAGUGAGCCUAGUUCUCCAUCUGAAUCUCUUAUCCAUUACUUAGAGCAUGUUGUACAAAGAAACUCAAAGAAUGGGCGACAGAUUGAACUGAAAUUUGAUAUCAAUGCAGAGGACAGCUUAAACAAUAGAUUCAAAGAAAUCAAGGAUUUGAAGACAGAUGUGGUCUUUUCUAUUGAUGAUGAUGUAAUAUUCCCUUGUUCUUCAGUUGAACUGGCAUUUAAUGUUUGGCAGAGUGCUCCAGAUACAAUGGUCGGAUUUGUGCCACGCAUGCAUUGGCUGGAUCAAUCAAGAGGCAACCAGGAAUACUAUGUUUAUGGAGGUUGGUGGUCUGUUUGGUGGAUGGGCACUUAUAGUAUGGUUCUAUCAAAGGCAGCUUUUUUCCACGAGAAGUAUCUGGCAAUGUACACAAAUGAGUUUCCUGCAUCCCUUCGAGAUUAUGUCGCUCAGAACAGAAAUUGUGAAGAUAUUGCUAUGUCGUUUCUUGUUGCAAAUGCAACUGCUGCUGCUCCAAUCUGGGUAAAAGGUAAGAUAUUCGAAAUCGGUUCUAUAGGAAUCAGCAGUUUGGGAGGUCACAGGAAGAAACGGACCGAAUGCGUUAACAGGUUCGUUGCUACGUUUGGGAAAAUGCCUUUAGUUUCGACUUCCAUGAAAGUUGUUGAUAGCCGAAACACCUGGUUUUGGUGAUUGUGUACCUUCAUCUUAACACACCCUACUCAUUUAGUUCUGCAUAGUAUACUGCAUUACCAAUUUUUUUAAGUCCAUCCCAUUUACUCAUGUAUUUAUCCCACUCUAAAAAUGAAAAACAAUAGUAAAAAAGUUUAGCGUUAAACAUAUCUAGAUCAGUUGUUCAGUUCCCCACCAUAUCCAUGUACUGCCUUCUUCCGUUGGUAAAAUUUUUCGGAAGCCAUUUUCAGACUGAUUUUAGCAAUAUUCAAAGUAAUCACUCAAACAAUAGAAGAUUCGGACUAUUCUGUUUGGAGGAUCUCUCUUGUCAACUAAUAACUAAUAAGAUGUUCUCUUGUGGGUCAUAA